GCAAUGAACUAGUAGCUUUUUCUGUGAUGUGAUUAACCAAUAAGAACGACAAUUCUGGCAUAUAGGCUGUCUAGAAUCUGAAAGAAAAUCUAGAGGAAUUUAUUCAUUUUUGCUGAGAGAAUUUUAAGGAACCAUACAGCUUGACUCUUAUUUUUACAAGAUGACUGAUCACUAAUAAGUCUUCUUUCACCUCUCAGUUCUCCAGAACAUCCCCCCAAGACUACAGGUUCUGGAAGAUAAAAACCAUGUCUGGGUUGUUUACUAAUGUAGUUCAGAACCUAGUACAUUAUAUCAACAACAUAUCUUUGAAUGAAUAAAUAAUUUUAAUUGCAUGGUUUUAUGAUUACAUCAUAUCCCAAAAAACAUUUUCAAAACUCCCAAUAGUUAACUGGUAUUACUAGAUAGAUAGAUGAUUGGGAUUACUAGAUUACUAUAGGUACAUACAAAUAGAGAAUGCAAUUGUAGCAAUUUUUUUCGAAGACAACGCAUGGUGGCGCUGCAGGCUAAGGCGAAGGGGAAAAAAAAAAAAAAAAAAAGAGCCCAGGAAAUUCAACUAAUUCAACCUCAGAUCGCUGGAGGAGGAGAAACGCCUGUAAGGGAGCUGAGGACCAGCAAAUGUCCGGAGAAUGCUACUCAGCAACAUUUCAGGACAGAUUACCAACUGAGAGAUCCACCCCUAUCGCAGUCCCACUGCUCCCUAAGGUAGAGCUGCGCCCGGUUCCUGGAAAGGUGUUUGUGAAAUAAAGAUGGAGGUCGGCGGGGAGCGCUUUCCUAAACAAAGGCAAGUCCUGGUUCUUUUUCUUUUGGUGGGAGUGGCUCUGGCGGGAUGGGAAUCCCGUCGCUAUUCCGUGAUGGAGGAAACAGAGAGCGGCUCCUUUGUGGCCAACUUGGCCAAGGACCUGGGGCUGGGAGCGGGAGAGCUAGCUGCGCGGGGAGCCCGGGUGGUCACUGAAGAUAAAGAACCCCGAUUGCAGCUUGAUCUGCAGACCGGGGACUUGAUAUUAAAUGAGAAACUGGACCGGGAGGAGAUGUGUGGCUCCACUGACCCGUGUGUGAUGCAUUUCCAAGUGUUACUGAAAAAACCAUUGGGAGUAUUUCGAGCUGAGCUACUGGUGAGAGACAUAAAUGAUCAUUCUCCUGAGUUUCCAGAAAGAGAAAUGACGCUGAAAAUCCCAGAGACUAGCCCUCCUGGGACCGUGUUUCCUCUGAAAAAAGCCCAGGAUUUGGACGUGGGCAACAACAACAUCCAAAACUACAGCAUCAGUCCCAACUCCCAUUUCCAUGUUACCACCCACGACCUAGGAGAUGGCAGGAAAUACCCUGAGCUGGUGCUGGACAAGGAGCUGGAUCGUGAGGAGCAGGCCCAGCUCCGAUUAACCCUCACAGCACUGGAUGGCGGCUCCCCACCCCUGUCUGGCACCGCUCAGGUCCACAUCUUGGUCUUGGAUGUCAAUGACAACGCCCCUGAGUUUGCACAGGGACUCUACCAAGUGCAGGUCCCUGAGAACAGCCCUGUAGGUUCCCUAGUUGUCAAAGUUUCUGCUAGAGAUUUAGACACUGGGACAAACGGAGAGAUAUCAUAUGCCCUUUCUUAUAGUUCUCAGGAGAUAAGCAAAACUUUUGAAGUAAACAGCCUCUCAGGAGAAGUUCGGCUAAUCAAAAAACUAGAUUUUGAGACAAUAUCCUCAUAUGAGCUGGAUAUAGAUGCCUCUGAUGGCGGGGGACUUUCAGGAAAAUGUUCUGUCUCCAUUGAGGUGGUGGAUGUUAACGAUAACUCCCCAGAACUAACUAUCUCUUCACUUACCAGCCCCAUUCCCGAAAACUCCCCCGAGACAGAAGUGGCCCUGUUUCAGAUUCGAGACCGAGACUCGGGGGAUAACGGGAGGAUGGCUUGCUCCAUCCAAGAUGAUCUCCCCUUCCUCCUGAAACCAACCGAAGAGAAUUUCUACACCCUGGUAACAAAUGGGGCCCUGGACAGGGAGACCAGAGCCCAGUAUAAUGUCACUAUUACAGUUUCCGACAUGGGGACCCCCAGGCUGAAAACCCAGCACAACAUAACCCUGCUGGUCUCCGACGUCAACGACAACGCCCCCGCCUUCACCCAAACCGCCUACACCCUGUUCCUCCGCGAGAACAACAGCCCCGCCCUGCACAUCGGCAGCGUCAGCGCCACAGACAGGGACGCGGGCGCCAACGCCCAGGUCACCUACUCGCUGCUGCCGCCCCACGACCCGCAGCUGCCCCUGGCCUCGCUCGUGUCCAUCAACGCGGACAACGGCCACCUGUUCGCCCUGAGGGCGCUGGACUUCGAGGCCCUGCGGGCGUUCGAGUUCGGCGUGGGCGCCACGGACCGCGGGUCGCCCGCGCUGAGCAGCCAGGCGCUGGUGCGCGUGCAGGUGCUGGACGCCAACGACAACUCGCCCUUCGUGCUGUACCCGCUGCAGAACGGCUCUGCGCCCUGCACCGAGCUGGUGCCCAGGGCGGCCGAGCCGGGCUACCUGGUGAGCAAGGUGGUGGCGGUGGACGCAGACUCGGGCCAGAACGCCUGGCUGUCGUACCAGCUGCUCCGGGCCACGGAGCCCGGGCUGUUCGGCGUGUGGGCGCACAAUGGCGAGGUGCGCACGGCGCGGCCGCUGGGCGAGCGCGACGCGGCCAAGCACAGGCUGGUGGUGCUGGUCAGGGACAAUGGCGAGCCCGCGCUGUCUGCCAGCGUCACGCUGCACGUGCUGCUGGUGGAGGGCUUCUCGCAGCCCUACCUGCCGCUGCCCGAAGCGGCGGCCGAGCAGGCGCAGGCCGACCCGCUGACCGUGUACCUGGUGAUCGCGCUGGCGUCGGUGUCGUCGCUGUUCCUGUUCUCGGUGCUGGCGUUCGUCGCGGUGCGGCUGUGCAGGCGGAGCAGGGCGGCCUGGGCGGGUGGCUGCUCGGUGCCUGAGGGCCACCUUCCGGGCCACCUGGUGGACGUCAGCGGUACUGGGACCCUGUCCCAGAGCUACCAGUAUGAGGUGUGUCUGAUGGGAGACUCUGGGAAUAAUGAGUUCAAAUUCUUGAAGCCUGUCUUUCCCAAUAUUCUAGGCGAGGACAUUGGGAGGAAGGCAGAGGGAAAUCCUACAUUCCAUAAUGGUUUAGGUAUCUGAAACUUUCCACUUGCACCAUUAGUUGUUGUCUUUUAUCUUUCAUUUUUCAA